AUGCUAGCUAAUGAGUUUGGGAAAAUGCUUCAGUAUAAAAAUCCUGCCAGCAAGCUCAGUCCAGAAGCGGAAACAGAUCCCAGCGUGCAAAACUGCAGCUCAGAACACGACACGCAGGACGCGCCCGCCCACCCGCCCGGACUCGGAACCCGGGACCCCGGGACUCCAGCAGCCCAGCGCUCAAAUCCUCCCGCCGACCGGCAGCCCUUGCGCGCCGCAGGAAGCCUCAAGGGGGUGGAGCCGUGGGCGGGGCCGCAGGAGCCCGCGCCCGCCGGAGUCCCGGGGUCCCGGGUUCCGAGUCCGGGCGGUUGGGUGCUCCGCGGCUGUCGCCGCUACAGUUCGUGCUUGCCGGGCGCCCGCGGCGACGCCGGGGAGGGGCGGGCCCACUUCACCACGCCCAUCUUCUACGUGAACGCCGCGCCGCACAUCGGGCACCUGUACUCGGCGCUGCUGACCGACGCCCUGUGCCGCCACCGGCGUCUCCGGGUUCCCGGCUCCGCGUCCACGCGGUUCUCCACCGGCACCGACGAGCACGGCCUGAAGAUCCAGCAGGCGGCAGCCGGCGCGGGCCUGGCCCCGAUCGAGCUCUGCGAUCGCGUGUCUGCCCAGUUCCGGCAGCUUUUCCGGGAGGCUGACAUCUCCUCCACCGACUUCAUUCGCACCACGGAGGCCCGGCACCGGGAGGCGGUGCAGCACUUCUGGCGCUUGCUGGAGGCCCGGGGUCUGCUUUACAAAGGACUCUACGAGGGCUGGUACUGCGCCUCCGACGAGUGCUUCCUGCCCGAGGCCAAGGUCACUCGGCAGGUGGGUCCGUCUGGGGAGCCGCGUCCUGUGUCUCUGGAGAGCGGACAUCCCGUCUCCUGGACCAAGGAGGAAAAUUACAUUUUCAGGCUCUCCCAGUUUCGAGAACCACUCCAGCGGUGGCUUCAAAACGACCCACAGGCGAUCACCCCGGAGCCGUUCCGCCAGACCGUUCUGCAGUGGCUGGAAGAGGAGCUGCCUGAUUUGUCCGUUUCUCGAAGGAGUAGCCACCUGCACUGGGGCAUUCCGGUCCCCGGGGACGAUUCGCAGACUAUCUACGUGUGGCUGGAUGCCCUGGUCAACUAUCUGACCGUAGUUGGCUACCCAGAUGCAGAUUUCAAGUCUUGGUGGCCAGCCACAUCUCACGUCAUCGGUAAGGACAUUCUCAAGUUUCAUGCCAUUUAUUGGCCGGCCCUUCUCCUCGGGGCCGGAUUGAGGCCACCGCGUCGCAUCUAUGUCCACUCACACUGGACGGUGAGUGGCCAAAAGAUGUCCAAGAGCUUGGGCAACGUGGUGGAUCCUAGGGCUUGCCUUGACCGCUAUACUGUGGAUGGCUUCCGCUACUUUCUCCUCCGGCAGGGAGUUCCCAACUGGGACUGUGACUACUACGAUGAAAAGGUGGUCAAACUGCUGGACUCCGAGCUGGCAGAUGCCCUGGGAGGGCUUUUAAACCGGUGCACUGCCCACAGAAUAAACCCAUCUGGGACCUACCCGGCUUUCUGCGCUGCCUGUUUCCCCAGCGAGCCAGGGCUAACGGGGCCGUCGGUUCGUGCGCAGGCGGAAGACUAUGCGCUCGUGAGGGCAGUGGCCACUUUGCCCAAGCAGGUAGCGGACUGUUAUGACGACUUUCAGAUCUAUAAGGCUUUGGAGGCCGUAUCCAGCUGUGUUCGGCAAACGAAUGGGUUCGUUCAAAGGCAUGCGCCCUGGAAACUGACCUGGGAAAACCCUGUGGAUGCCCCCUGGCUGGGUACUGUGCUUCACGUGGCCUUGGAAUGUUUGCGAGUUUUUGGAACCUUGCUUCAGCCCGCAACUCCGAACUUAGCCGACAAGCUGCUGUCAAGACUGGGGGUCUCUGCCACAGAGAGAGGCCUGAGAGAGCUCUACUUCCUACCUCGAUUCUAUGGACACCCCUGCCCCUUUGAAGGGAGAAAGUUGGGACCUGACACUGGGCUCUUGUUUCCAAGGCUGGACCAAUCCAGGACUUGGCUAGCGAAAGCCCACAGGACCUAGAGGCUCAGUCCUUACUGGCUGAUGGGAAAAGAGCCAAUGUAUUCUUUUUGCAUUUUCAGGAAAGUUAAAAAGUCGUGUUUAGAAAGCGUUGUAUCCGAUGAGUACAUAAACCUCCCGGGUCCUUAAGAGCCAUUCAGGUACCAUUCACACCCACCCCUUUUCAUUUCUCUGUGCCCCUAACCACUGUUCUUCGUUUGCCAUUGUCUCUGAGGAGGAUGGUUGAGGAAGGCCAGUUUCUGAUACUAUUCCUUACUAUUCCUUCUCAUUGUACCAUCUCCCAAACCCUGGUCCAGACCAGCGCUCGUGGCUGCUGCUCCCCAGGAUGAAACGAGGGUUGCAAGUCCCUGGCCGGAUUUCACAGGUCAGCCUGCUCUGUUAGACACCGUGGGUCUCCUGUUAAAUUGAUUCUUUCAUUAGAGCUUUAGGAACCUGUGUCCUAGGCGGCACGACUUCUGCCCGUGUUCAUUUCAGUUGUGCUUUGAAGUACUACACUUCGUCCAGUAGAUGGCGCUGCUCUCGCACAUUCAGCCAUCUAAGGUCGCAGAGCUUCACAAUUUUACUGUUUCCUUAAAGGAUAACUUUGGAACCACUGCUAUUUAACAACACAAAGAUACUAGAAUUCUCAUCUAGAAAUUACUAAAAAUGACAUGUACAAUAAGUUAAAUAUAACAGGUUAUUUAUAUGAUAAAACCAUAAAGCUCUUUGGGUACACUGUAUUACAAAUAUUAAUUGUAGUAAUGAUUAUAUGUAUAAUUCAUCUGUAUUCUCUUUAUAUUUCCUGACUUAUCCAUAAUUUACCUCAUACGAUUGCUUUUGAGAUUAUAUAUCAAGGGAUAUAUCAUACAAUAUUGAAAUUAUAUAAUAAUUGUUAAUAUAUUUAUGUCAAAUUAAUUUUUGUUCAUUACUUCUCUUUUUGAGACAAGGUUUCACUAUAUAGUUUAAGCUUGCCUCAAAUUCAUCAGUCUCCUGCCUCCGCCUUUCAGGUGCUGGUGUAGGGUGUGUCACCAUGCCUGUCUUUUUCUUUUGUUACUAAAGUUUGAUUGUAAACACCUUAUUUAGAUCUCUUGGGUUACAUUUAUUGAAGGAAAUGUUGGAGGGAGAAAAUGAUGGGUGUUCAGGAUGUCAGGGAUUCAGGGCUUUCUCCAGGGCUCCCUAAAAGAGCACCCAGAGAUGGUAAAGUAACUGCUGUACAGUGAGCAGAACGUAGUGGGUCACUGCACCUUCUGGGGAUGGGUUGCUGAGGCCACGUCCGUACUGAGUAUGGGAUCAGGCAGAAAGGGCUCGCCAGGAAGUAAAGGAUUGUGCUGGCAGCUGCUCCCAGAGGUAAGUGCCAUUCAGCACUAGUGUCUGUUAGCAAAGCGACAGGCUGUGGUCGCUCGGAAGCACUGUUUGGAAAAGAUGCUUGCAGGCGUUCUAAAGUUGGAAGGACCGGUUCCACAGUGUUCCUUUGGUCUCCUUGUACUUUUGUGCUUUAGGUCUUUCCAGUCUCCAGAGGGCUGGGAUCAGUAGGGUAGACUUCUGGGGCACAGACAGCGUCUCUUAGGGCCACACAGUGAUGGGACUUAGCCCGUGUUUCCCUAAAGGAAGGCACAGAAAAGCUAGUGACAUUCCGGCCUCUCCUUUGGUGAGCCCUUACUGCAGUUCUGUGUAGAUGAGUCCUGUGUAGACGCAUCGUGUCUCCCAUGGGAGAGCUUCCUCAUUCCCCAGCAGCUCGGCAUGCUGUCAGUGCGUUUCUGCAGACUGUGACGUGUGAAGAAGGCAUUUAACUAGCUGCUAGACACCAGGAGACAGGACACCAGAAAAGAGACGGCGUAAUUAUGCAGCCAAGGAUCUAAGGGGAAGAGUGUGGUAAACUGGAUCCUAUUCUGUGGAUCAACCAGAUAUCUGGAUAGGCACAGCAGGUAAAACAAACAGCCUCCAUUGCACACAGUUGGGUCUGACCUGACACAGCAGUUUAGAAUUACCAAGUGGAGAGUUACAUUUAACCAGAGGGUUUGUACUUCCAAGGUGAGAGGCUGGCGGGCAUCUUAACCACUCCUGGAAGAAGGGAAUUGAUGUGGAGAUUUGUACGAUUCCCCAUCCCAGAAAUAGUCCUUUAUGUGGCAUCUUAUAGACCCUUUUGCUUUUUUUUUUUAAAUCUCAAAAUACUCUUGUCUCUAAUACUUAUUUCGGUGUACUCUUGGCAGUAUUGGAAGUGACAGCCCCGCCUAGAUCAGGCUUUGAAGGAAGCUGAGGGAUACAGCUUAGUGGUGGAGCACUUACCAGGCGGGCAUGGAGGCCUGGGCCAAUCCCGGUACUGCUAAGCAAACAGCAGCAGCCCUCCCCUCUCCACACUCCUCUAUCUGUGGAGUCAGAAGCAGCAGCAGGAGACGUUUAUGACUGUGUUCUACAAAUAGACUGGGCACCUUCCUAACUGGAAAACCCGUGGCUGGAGAAGCAGCAAUGAGACCUUUGAUUGCACCAGAACCUCAAGUCAUUUUAUAAACAGAUGUUUUUCUUGGGAACCCAUGAGCGUUAAUACCUGUGAACAGGCUAACAGACUACGGAGUUGACGCCAAGGCGUCUAAGCGCACAGGCUGGAAGGUGGACGCCUGCGCACAAGUUUGUUUGAUGGGGUUUGUUUUGGUCGAGGUUCUACCUGUAACAGCAGCAGAGCCCUUGAGCUCCACCAGUUCCCACGCUGGAGUGGGCGCGAGCUGAUCAUGCUGUAGGCUUCAAAAACGGAUGACGCAGGAGGCAGGAGUGGGUGAGAGUCUAGAUCACACUAGGGAUGGCGCCACGGUUCUGACUGCCCUGCCGCUGCCAAGUACGGAGUGGCAAUGCACCGCACAGGUGUCACCGUGAAUUAUCGGGGAGGGCGGCCUAGUAGGCAAGAGGUGGCCCGUGAGCACGGCUGCUUUGUGAUGAUAAUUUCAGAUUGCCUUCUCGAGGUGGCAAUUCUGUGCGUUGGAGGCUCUGGUGGGUCUUUACGUUGUCUUACCCAAGUAUCUGGAGUUGGAGAGUGUAGAUGUGACCGCAGCCACUUGUGUUUUUGCAGCAGGGUGGGGGGACGGCUAGGGUCAGUUUGGGGUGCUCAAGAACAGACUGUAGAAGCCUCCAGCUCUCCCCGGAACUCUUCGCGUGCGCAGCUGAUCCUGUCCCUUCUGCUGGAGCUCUGGAUAGGAGGGUGGACUGCAUGUUUUCUUUGUGCUUGUGUCUGUAUGUAAGAAUGAGGGUGGAGUGAGGAGGGGUGGGCAGAAGAUGGGGUCUCUUCAGCACUGAGUAAGCCAGGCUUGCCAGCCUUCUGUUUCGGGAUUCUCCUGUUUCUAACCCCUGCCUCCAUCUCCUUCUGGGACCUGCCGGAACUACUACUUGAAUCUGGGGAUUCAAGCCUGGGCAGUCAGGCUCACGGGGAAGCUCUCUUACCUACAGUCAUCCCUCAGCCCCAGGACUGCUAACUCCUAACCAGGAACGCAGUAACUUGGUUACUGUUUAAGAGCUAGAACAGAGGCUACCAAAUUAAGGUUAAUUGAUCACAUUUUAUACUUACACGUGUGUCUUCUUUCUGGAGUCAGGGCCUAAGCUGUCAGCUUAAACUGCGUGCUAAAUUACCAGUAACUGUUGUGAGCGAACAGGAAGAGACAAGCCAGUGUCAAGCUGAAGUUGGCUUCUUUUUCUUAACUUUUAUGUAAUCAUGGGCUACCCAAGAUGACUGUGAAUUUAAGGAGCGAUCUAAGGGGGACGAGCAGACCAUACUCACGCUGUUUAGGGUGCUGUCCUAAGUUUAACUUACAUCUCAUGAUGAGACAGGACGGCACGGGGUCUGGUGACUGGGUCUUUGCUGCUUCUGUGUACAGCUGCUAUUGGGAGGCUCAGCCCACCUAGAUCACCACCAAAGCAGGCAACAGUACAGAUGUUCGUCCCUAAAGGAGCGAACAGUUGAAGCAGAUGUCAUGUACAAAUCUAGGAUGUUGUGAGAUGUGACAAUAUCUCAGGAAAGUGUGUCAACUGCCAGAAGGAACUGAAGCCCCAAGUGAGUCUGCUCUUGUGCCACUAAGGACGCUUCGUUGACAAUUCUGCAGAGCAAGGAAGACUGGAGUGUGUAGCUAGAGGGAAGCACUAGGAAUAACGCAGUACACUGUGGGAACGUGGAGCAAUCACCACCCUCUUCCGUUUGCAGCCACUGUGAAAAUCACCAAGACACUGAACAUGAAGACGACGUAAAAACUUCAUCAUGGUCAAGUUAUAGAUCAGAAUCAUAUGAUCUUAAGUUAGUAAUUUAAUUGAAACACAUUUGUUAUUUUUUUCCCUAAGUAAAGCUCCCCCUACCUCAGUGGUCCCACUA